AUGGAUGAAAUGGAAGCGGCUAAAUUUAUCAAAUCUUUAACUUGGAGCGAUACAUCUUAUGCACUAAAUGAAUUUCUCGAUACGUUUGGCGUUCCCAACUUGGUGUGUUGUUCCCAAGAAGGUGGCCACUACGGGAUGAACGACACUUGCACUUUUGACAAUAAUCAAGUUCUCAUGUUGCAUGCCCUUCGCACCAAACACAAUUUGAUGGCAGAAGACUCGGAUGGACGACCUAUUUCAAUCCCACUAAAGUGUGAAAAUAAUCUCCUGCUCUGUCCUUUAUCGAUAUACUGUAAAUACGACCCAAUAUAUGUCUCACAAAUGUCGCACGUAUAUCCAGACAUUAAAUAUUUCCGUGUUUUGGAGAAUCAUUGGAACGAACGAAUGAAAUACCUUAAGCCGGAAUCCAUAUUGGAAAUUGAACACAUUGAUGCUAGAAACUUUACCGUGAAAUUCAGAGAUAUUGACCAGCCGUUGCCGUCAAAUUGUCGUGUGGUGUUUGAACCUUUAUUGGACUAUUGUGAAUAUACUUUGAAAAGUGCCAUCAGCCUCUUUGGUUUGCCAGCGAAGGUAAAUAAUGAAUAAUUAAACUAGUUUUAUUUAUCUAAACUGUUCUCCCUAUACAUAGAGUCCAGUAAAAUGAGUAAAAGUCAUCUCUUAUGUAGUGGUCUAGUGUUACUAAUUCGAUUUAACUUUCAUGAAGUUCAAGUUCAAUUAUAGCUCUAAAUAUUGAGUUGAUCAGUUUAAUUCUGAUGUAGUCAAAAUAAUUCCCUUUAUAUAUAGGAGUUUGAAUAACUCAGCUUUGUCUCUUCCCAAGAGAAUUCAAAUAAAUCUCUAAGUCUUUACUACUAAGAGUAAAAAUAUCUCUUCUGACACUGAACAACUCUGUACGAAAGAGUAAUUUGAACUCUACUUAAAGAGCUUUUUCAACUCUCUGAAAUUCUUUGUUUACAGGAGGAAACCUAAAACCGUAAACAAACUUUUUAGUAUCCUGAACAAUUCUAACUGAUUAUAUUAUAUAGGUCUAUAGUAAGAGCCAUCACUUACUGUUCCAGUGGCAUGCAGUAUCACCAAUACUCUAUAGUAGGAAAUCUAAACUGAACUAACUUUAUUUAUACUGGAUGAAUGGCGGAAAAAAUGGCAGUGGAAAAAAUGACACCGGAAAAAAAUGGUACCGGAAAAAAAGCAUAAAAUUGAGGCGGAAAAUGGCAUCGAGUUUGUAUAGGUAAUAGUAUGGUUUCGAGUGCAAUUUGGAAAAAACAUGCACGAGUGAGUUUUUCAAAAAGACGAUCAAAACUCACGAGUGUAUGGUUUUUCAAAUUGCACGAGAAACCAUAUUAUUACUUAUUAGGGCCAUUUAUACGGAACAAAAUAAGACGCGACUUACAUAAGACGCGACUUAGGUAAGACGCGAGUUUGUCGUAUAAAAGGUACAAAAUUCUUAUGUAAGACGCGUCUUGGAUAAGACGCGUCUUACAUAAGAACAGGUCUUUUAGCUGUUCUUAUUUAAGUCGCGUCUUAAAUAAGAAAUUUUGGACAAAAAGUCUAACUACACAUGCCAGAAACUUGAAACAACGUAAAAUUUAAUGCCUUGCAUAUUAAAACAAAAACAACCAAAACAACAUUUAUAGCUAUAGCAAAUAAAUAAGACCAAAGCCGUAGAGAACCAUUUAUGCGAUAACUCCACUUAUUUAAGUCGCGUCUUAUGUAAGUCGCGACUUAUUUUGUCACGUAUAAAUGGCCCUAUUGAUAAUAUACAUGAAAAAAUUAUGCAGUCACUCCUAAAAACUUCUAAAUGUUUUUUUUUUUUAAUUAUUCAGUUAUUUAUUUCUGCUGGAAAUUGCUGUAUCUUAUUUAAAAGCCUAAAUAGUCAAUGAAAUUUGCAUUGUAUUUCUUUUUUUGCACUGUAUUUAACAAAUAUAAAACUUUUUCCUUGCUGAUAUACAGUUAUAUCAACACGAGUGGAAAUUGGGAAAACGAGAAAUUGUGUGGAAACACGACGCCCGAAGGGCGGAGUGUUUUCACACAAUUUCGAGUUUUCCCAAUUUCCACGAGUGUUGAUAUAACUGUAUAUCAAUACGGAAAAAAUGUUUUAUAUUUGUUUUAUAAUAUAGCCAAAGAAGUAUAAAGAAAGAAAUUUCCGACGUUUCUGUGUUGACAUUGAGUUAUAUCAACACGGCUCUUAGCCAGUCAGCCUUCAGAAUUUACAAAUGCUAUAUAUAUUAUAAUUCAUUUUUUGGCACUGUAUUUCGAAAAUAUUGCACAGCUCUUAGCCAAUCAGAAUUGAGAAAUUUUUUCAUGUAUAUUAUUAGGUACUGUUACAAAAACAAUAUUUGUUCGUAAAAGUUUGUAACCUCUUGCAUUGUCAUUGAGAAUUAAUUAGGCAAAAUUCGAAAAUAUAUAAGAGGUGCAUGAUAUGAAUAGACAAAAAAUUAACAAUAUAGUAUGUGCUGUACUUAAAGUUUGUGGUUUUCAUAAUGUGCGAUAUUUGAAAUUGAAAUUACAGGAACCAAAUACAGAGCAAUAAUAACUUCGACAAAUCGGUGUAUUGCAUUGAAUAUGAAAUAGAAUUGUUUUAAAUGCUUUUGUCCCGUUUCAAUCACAUUUCAGUAUGGCGCCAGUUUUUCCGGUGUCAUUUUUUCCGAUCACUUUGAUUCACAUAUUUAUAAUAUACAUGAAAAAAAUGGUUCCGAGGACUGUGCGAUUUUAUCGAAAUACAGUGCCAAAAAAGAAAUACAGUUUUUCGGACUCGUGCAAUUUUGGUCGUUUUUUCACAUUAAAUUGCAAUCGAAACCAUGCUAUUACCUAUGAUUCAUUGCAUGUCCUGAUUUUUUCUCUCUGUGUGUAUUGAAUUUUGUUAAACAUGAUUUCAUUAGGUGCGGUUUUUACCAAGCCAGAAUGCAAACCAAGAAUUACUUGACAACGAAUUUGAGAAUUUGGUUUCAAACCUCGGGAAGGUUAAUAUUGUCCACAGCGCAAAACCGCAGACGGUGGUUGUCGCAGCAAAGAUCAAUGCUGAUUCUUCAGGCUUGGCUAAAACGUCUGUACCUGAUUGCUUGCAGAUACCAAAAGAUUAUAACCUGAAUGUUUGCGUGGCCAAGGGAUUACUUGAAAAGAAUCCUGCUUAUGUAAAUGUCGUCAGCAAACUGAAUCAAGCUUUUCUUGAUAAAUAUGAUUUAAAAGAAUUGGAUAAUUUGCACAAAUGCCAGUACUUGGAUGAGUUAGAUCAGCCAAGUGGAAAUACAAAGAGAAUAGUUGGUUCAGUUCUGGCGGCAAAAGUUCAUGAACCAAGAAACUCGGGUUAUGUUAAACUCCCACCAGCCCCACCCCCCAAGCCGACACCCCGUAGAGGAAGGGAAAUCACACCCCCUACUUCUGAUCAACAGUCUCAAAAAUCUGAAACGGUUAGGCAAUAUGAAACGUGCAAAGACACCAAUGAAAAAGCGCAAAACGUAGGGCAGUACGAUGACGUCAAGCCCACAAAGAAAUACGCCUACAAAAAGGAUCAUCAUAUAUAUGAAAGCAUCAGUGACGACAGUUCGAGCAAUGACGGUUACGAAGAUAUUGACGAUAUUGACGUAACUAAGAUUACGUCACAUGAUUACGUGGAUAUGACUUCACAUGAUUACGUGGAUAUGACUUCACAUGAUUACGUGGAUAUGACUUCACAUGAUUUCGUGGCUAGGACGUCACAGGCCCACGUGAGUAUGACAUCAGAGGACACGAUGAGUGGCUCUGAUCCAGAAAACAAUCGUAAUGAAAACACUGGUAAAAGUCCGAGGUUAGAAUAUAAAAGUGAAAACCUGACUAAAACGACCAAGCUGGAAUCUGCUAGGAAGCUUUUGCUCAAACUUCCUUUCCUCGCAAAUCCGCCUGACAAUAAAACCUCCACCGAAACUACGAGAUUGGAAACUAAACUAAGUCCGAGAUUGGAACGUAAAGGUGAAAACCUGACUGAAACGACCAAGCUGGAACCCGCCAGGAAAUGUUUGGUCAAGCUUCCUUUCCCAGUAGAUGCGUCUACUCGAAGACCUGACAAUAAAACCUCCACUGAAACUACGAGAUUGGAAACUAAACUAAGUCCGAGGUUGGAACGUAAAAGUGAACACCUGACUGAAACGACCAAGCUGGAACCCGCCAGGAAAUGUUUGGUCAAGCUUCCUUUCCCAGCAGAUGCGUCUACUCCAAGACCUGACAAUAAAACCUCCACUGAAACUACGAGAUUGGAAACUAAACUAAGUCCGAGGAGGUUGGAACGUAAAAGUGAAAACCUGACUGAAACGACCAAGCUGGAACCCGCUAGGAAAUGUUUGGUCAAACUUCCUUUCCAGGCAGAUGCGUCUACUCCAAGACCUGACAAUAAAACCUCCAUUGAAACUACGAGAUUGGAAACUAAACUAAGUCCGAGGUUGGAACAUAACGGUGAAAACCUGACUGAAACGACCAAGCUGGAACCCGCCAGGAAAUGUUUGGUCAAGCUUCCUUUCCCAGCAGAUGCGUCUACUCGAAGACCUGACAAUAAAACCUCCACUGAAACUACGAGAUUGGAAACUAAACUAAGUCCGAGGUUGGAACGUAAAAGUGAACACCUGACUGAAACGACCAAGCUGGAACCCGCCAGGAAAUGUUUGGUCAAGCUUCCUUUCCCAGCAGAUGCGUCUACUCCAAGACCUGACAAUAAAACCUCCACUGAAACUACGAGAUUGGAAACUAAACUAAGUCCGAGGAGAUUGGAACGUAAAAGUGAAAACCUGACUGAAACGACCAAGCUGGAACCCGCUAGGAAAUGUUUGGUCAAACUUCCUUUCCAGGCAGAUGCGUCUACUCCAAGACCUGACAAUAAAACCUCCAUUGAAACUACGAGAUUGGAAACUAAACUAAGUCCGAGGUUGGAACAUAACGGUGAAAACCUGACUGAAACGACCAAGCUGGAACCCGCCAGGAAAUGUUUGGUCAAGCUUCCUUUCCCAGCAGAUGCGUCUACUCGAAGACCUGACAAUAAAACCUCCACUGAAACUACGAGAUUGGAAACUAAACUAAGUCCGAGGUUGGAACGUAAAAGUGAACACCUGACUGAAACGACCAAGCUGGAACCCGCCAGGAAAUGUUUGGUCAAGCUUCCUUUCCCAGCAGAUGCGUCUACUCCAAGACCUGACAAUAAAACCUCCACUGAAACUACGAGAUUGGAAACUAAACUAAGUCCGAGGAGAUUGGAACGUAAAAGUGAAAACCUGACUGAAACGACCAAGCUGGAACCCGCUAGGAAAUGUUUGGUCAAACUUCCUUUCCAGGCAGAUGCGUCUACUCCAAGACCUGACAAUAAAACCUCCAUUGAAACUACGAGAUUGGAAACUAAACUAAGUCCGAGGUUGGAACAUAACGGUGAAAACCUGACUGAAACGACCAAGCUGGAACCCGCUAGGAAAAUUUUGCUCAAUUUUCCUUUCCCAGUAGAUCUGGACAAUAAAAACUCCACUAAAAUUACGAGGUCGGAACCAAAUAGUGAAGCCUCGGAUAAAUCUAUCAAGCUGGAAGUUGAUAAUAAAACCUCGCAAGAAGUUUCUAGUCCAACAGAUCUGUCUGCUCAGAAUUUGAAACCUGGUAGCGACAACUCUGCCGAAAAUAUUACGCUGGAACCUGUCAGUAAAAAACUUGUUCCAAAAACUAAAACCCGAUCCACCGUUCCUACUCGUAAACCUGCUUUUGCUAUUCCUAAAGACCAGUGUGCUCUUCCUAUCCGUAAGGCGCUGUGCGCUAUUCCUAUCCCAACAGAACUGUCUUCCCUAACUGUCAAAGGAGUUGGGCGACUCUUGACAAGUCUCAACAUGGCAUGUUAUGCUGACAACUUUCAAGAAGAACAGAUAGAUGGCGAGAUAUUGGUGGAAUUAGAUGAAACAGCUUUGAAAUCUUUAGAUUUAAAGCCGUUCCAUGUAAGAAAAUUGAUAAAAGUUAUCGCAGGUUGGCGACCAAAUGUUGAUGACAACAAGGAUUAACUCCGGUUUUGCUGAUUUAAGCAAACGUUCGGUUAGCAGGUUUCUGCUCUGCUACUGUAGUAACCGAAAGUUUCUUGAAGUCGUUCUGAAUUAGCCUUUUUCACGAUGACGAAUGUCCGCCAUUUUGGGGGUUGGCAUCUAAUUCUCGUUAACAAAUGCAGGCAAUUAAAAUAAUGUGAAAAGCAAUUUUUCAAAAUAAACCGAACCAUUUACAAAGCAAAUUUACCAUCAGUCGUCCAAAAAAUUAUACGCUGUUAUGUGGACUUAUCUCGCAGACUUCGGCUGAAAAGCCACCCAAAAAUGGCGGCGUGAGAAAGGCUAAUUGAUCCAGAUCUCCUCAGUCAUGUACUAGAGGACAUAAUUGGCGGCGGAAGAUUGGUUUGGUUGGAGUGGGCAACUGAACAACUUGGGGUCGGUGGUAGUUAGCCAGAAAAGUUUAUACAUCUUGAGUUUCUGAAAUGAUUUUUCAUUCGUUCUGAGGAAUGUCAUUUUGUUCAUUUGUAGCACUUCAGGAAGCGAAGAAUCCGACACCUUUAUAUUAAGUUGUCAUACUUGGAUAUCUUAUGGGAGGAGCUUUGCCCCUUUGGCUUUGCUUCUACUUUUGUGGCCCCUCUGGUUCCGCCGCCCAUUAUUUUAAGAGGUUAUUUUGUUCAUGAACUAUAUAGAGUACACACUUUAAUUAACGUAAUUUUUAUUUCAUUUGAUCAUCAUUUUACCAUGAACAUCGUACAAAUCUCUUAUGUCUAAAUACCUACAUAAAAUUUUGAUGUAAAUUUUCUAAUUCUAAAAUUUUGAAUUUUAUCUAGGCCACCCAUUGACAGUACAAUCUUGGACAUUACUGGUUGAGACUACCGUUCCCUUUAUACAAAAUUCACGUACCCCUUAUGAUAAAUUCCAUGUAGUGAAUCAUGUUAUGCUUCUGAAGCAGUGAUUUAGAAAUACUUAGAUCAGUGUUCUGAAGCCCCCGCUCCCCCCAACUCAAUGUCGAGCUUGUGUACGUCAUGGUAAAUUAGCAAAAGUUGUUUGGGUGCUGUUUGAACUGGGGAAAAGGGGGUGACGAAAUUUCUUUUCUCAAGGGUUAUGGCCAAGAUUGUAGCUUUUAGCUGACGGGUUUUUUUCUUCCAGUGAAAUAUUAGUAAAAUAAAUAUUAACUCGAAAAUAGGUUAACUCGAAUAUCAUCACAGAAUUAUUCGGUUAUCGAUUAAUGUGUAAGCGUAAUUAUUAUCUAAAUAUAAUAAUGCAAUACUAUA